AUUUGAAGCCCAGGUCCUCUGUUCUUCCGAGGAAGCUAAGGCCGCGUUGGGGUGAGGCCCUCACUUCAUCCGGCGACUAGCACCGUGCCAGCAGUCCACAACAUGGCUUCUGUCUCCGAGCUCGCCUGCAUCUACUCCGCCCUCAUCCUGCACGAUGACGAGGUGACGGUCACGGAGGAUAAGAUCAAUGCCCUCAUUAAAGCAGCUGGUGUCAGUGUUGAACCUUUCUGGCCUGGCUUGUUUGCAAAGGCUCUGGCCAAUGUCAACAUUGGGAGCCUCAUAUGCAAUGUAGGUGCUGGUGGGCCUGCUCCGGCAGCUGGAGCUGCACCUGCUGGUGGGCCUGCUCCAUCCACCGCUGCUGCCCCAGCUGAGGAGAAGAAAGUGGAAGCAAAGAAAGAAGAAUCCGAGGAGUCGGAGGAUGACAUGGGCUUUGGUCUUUUUGACUAAACUGCUUUUGUUGACAUGUCCAAUAAGGAGCUGAACCUGUAGGUGGGCUGGUCUCACUUGUGUGCCACAAAGCUCUUGUUUCAGAGAUGGUAACAGGUCCCAGAAAAUGUCAGGGAAGGAGGGUCUUGAGAUCAAAGCCAGCAUGAGUUACUUAUAUGAAAAAUAAGGCCUGGGUCAGUUACCUAAGAACUGGACCAUCUGGGUAGAGUGGACGGGUGGGUCUAUCUCCAGAAAGGCCCCUUCAAGUGACUGUUAGGUUCAGAGCACCUGUUUAGUGCCAGCCAUUUGAAAACUUAAGCCGUGGAAGUGCUUAACAGGACUGAAAGCUAACUCUUACUGUCCAAGAUGGCAAAAUAACUGAGUCUCCCAAUGGUCAUGUGUAAAGAACUUCACGAGGGUCAUGAGAGGAUCUCAGUAGAAGCUGUGAUAAGUAAGCACCCUGACAUCCAGGAUUACACAGGAUGGGACAGCAGCAUCUAGAAGGGCAGGGCAACCUACCUGUCCAUUGUUGUACCUUUGAUAAAACAGCAGCUAAAAGGAUUAAGGCAUGCAGCAAGGCUUGGUGUGUGACUACAACUUCAUAUGGGCAUCUCAGUCCUUAGGACCAGAGCCUGAGGCUGACUUUGUGACAGCUCUAGGUAAGAAGCCAGGUUCCCCAUUGCUUCCACCUUAGUGAAGAGGCAGGGAGUGGAUUCAAGGCCAGCCUGAACUACAAAAUAGAUAAAUUUUAUAUGUAUGGUUUUAGUUGUAUCAAAAUUAAGAACUGAUAUGGCCCAGUGACAGAAUUGUGACCCUGGAACAUCCCUACCCCGCAGGACGGUGAGCACAGCAUGGCAGGACAUAGGCUGUUAUUUUAGUUUGCCUCAAAUAGUUCUGGGCCUCCAGGUCUGCUCAGUUUGAUGUGCUGCGUUUACACUUCUGACUUGUGCAGUACUGAGUGUUAUAUUGCCCAGUUAAAAUGGAAGUCUUGUUUUGAUUCUUAGGACUUGUUAACCUCCCUCUUGAUGGGACAUUGUCUUCUCAAGGUAACCUUUUGUGGAGUUGGGUGGCUGAGGAAGGGUCUUAUCUGUUUAGCCUUGGUUAGCCUGGAGUUUCCUGUGUAGACCUGGCUAACCUCAGAAAUCACCUGCCUUUGCAAUUUAAUGGGUGCACUGGUUAGUUCUUAAUUCUUUAUCGAACUGUAACCCUUCCUUGUCUGAGAGCGGAGAUAGGAUUGGGAAUUCUGGCUGUCUAACCUGGGGUAUAGCACUGGAUCUGGUGAGAUAGAUCAGAGAGUGAAGGUGCUCUGGCAAGCCUGGUCCAGUUCCUGACCACAAAUGUGCUGUGGCACGUGCAUUUAUACACUUAAACGCAGAUGCUGUAAAGGAGCGUGGGCACCUGGCCAAUACCAGACGUGGAUUUCCCCAGCAGUGUGCUGCUGCUUGGCAGUAGUGGGGCCUCCUGAGCUGGGAGAUGCUUAACUGUCUGGUGGAGACAAGCAAGGCCUAGGCAUUAAGGAAGCACAGCCUGAAUCUGGAAAAUAAAUCCAAUAGAUGGCAAAUGUGUAGAGUGAGCACCUCACCUUUGGAAAAAUGCGUGGGACUCCAUGGUCAGCAGAGUGUAGUCAGGUCGGGAGGCAGGACUCAGCUUGUCUUUUUCCCACUGUUAGCUUAAAGGCUCCUGUUGGGAGGUGUCACUUGCCAUCAAGGUGGCAACUGAAGAAUAGCCUGAGAGAUCUGGAAAUCAAGCACCGCAGAGGUGGGGACUCAGGGUCUAUGACGCUGUCAGGCCCAAAGCUGAAAUUUCCAGAGAGGAGUCGCCACACAGGCCUUAGACACAGGUAAAUACUGCUGUUACCAUGUUGAUCUAGUGUGGAUGAGAACCUACUGUUGAGUUUGACAGUUAAAACCAAAACGCUCCUCAAACUACGUUCAGGAGGCCCACCUCAGGCUGGAUUAACUUUACUGCUCUAAAUUCCCCGUUUUAUAUGGACAGCUGGCCUUGAACUCACUAUGUAUUAAAGAAUGGCCGUUAUGAUCUGGGUUUGCAGAUGGACAUAUUAGGCAAGUGCUGUGCCAACUGAGCUCUGUCCCCAGCCCUGCCCACUGCCAUAGGAAGAUGGCAUUAAGUACACCUAUGUGUCAUUGCUUGUCUGCCCCGACUUCAUAAUGUGUGCUCUGUACUGGCCACUGCUGUCAUUAGAGUGUAGCUCAUUGUUGGUCAUGAAUAUGUAGUUAUCAGAGUUCAGUUCUACCUUUACAAAUUACAGUCUGGAGAGAACUGCUCCCACCAGCUAUAACUGGGACCCAAGGGCACCAACUACACUUUAUGGUAACAAGCGGCAGGUAGGUGGGCAAAGCCUUUCUUCCUCAUCCAUUCACCUAGCUCGAAGCACUCACCAUCAAGUGUGUCAGGGACAGGCCUCUGUCAGUAAGCCCUGAGACUGGUACUAAGUCUGGUCUCAGCAUAACACCCUCACACACUCAGCCCAGCGGCUCUAACUCAAAAAAGCCUUAGCUACCGCCAUGAAACAUCUUGGAAGAUUCUCGAGUAGAUGCUGGAGCUGGGCUGUGGGGGACGAUGGGGGUGCUCUUAAACGAUGCAGAGGCAUGGCACUUGGGGACCCGCAAACUGUUUUGCACACAGGCCUCUAGAGGCUAAGGUGACCUGUGUACAUCUCUAGGGUUUGGGAGAAGAUGCUGGGAAGGCUGAAUCCUGAAGUCUGAACCUCGAGCUUGGUUGGCUGGCUAGGAAUGGUGCUUGCACCUUCUGGGCUCUAAGCUGGUUGAGAGAGGCAGAGCGUCGUGGCCUAGUCAUGCCGCUUCUCAAUGAUUUUGAGACCUGCCAACCACUAGGGGUGCUCGUAGGGGCACUUGUAGACCUGCUGUUACUCAUGGGUGUCUGUAGCCUUUGUUUUGAAGGGGUUUUGUUGUGUUAAGGGACCUGUUCUUUUAUAAAAUGAGAUGUACCAGUUUUCAUCAAGCACGAGGACAGGGACAGGACACAUCUAAACCAGAAAUAAUGGUCCUAUUUGUGCUGGGUGGUAGGUGAGAAACGGUACCCUGGGGUCUUAUGGGUGAUAGCCUGCUGUCUGCUGUUCUGUCAAUUCCAGCACUGUGGGCAAGUGCAUCUUGGAUGUUCUAACACCUUCUUUUGCCCAGAGAAAACAGAAGAUGCCUUUAAAUUUUUUAUUUUUGUUAGUGCAUUCUUCUCUAUCCCAGGCUGGCCUGGAACUCACUAUGUAGCUUAGAGUAGAUGGGAGCCUGCCAGAAACCUGCCUGCCUCCCACUUCCAGGUGGCUGGGUUGGUAGCUCUGCAACACAUGACUGCUUUGCUGAACUUCAGGUUCAAUAUUCAGCCAAGAUCUCUGAGAUGCUGUUAAAAGCAAAGGGGCAAAAAAGAAUGAACUGUUUGGCAGCUUCCUAGGCCCUUCUACAAGCCAUUGACAGCCUUCUCAGAAGGUGCAGACAGUCUGUACAUACCACCUACAUCAGAGAUUCAUAUUUGACCAGCGUUUCUAGUGAACAACAAACCCUGUGUAUUGUAGUCCUAGGCUUGAUUUAGAGGGUCCCAGCAGGUAGGGUCUGUCUGGCCACUGGCCUCUAAAUCAAGGGCAGCUGCUCCCAGCCAGUGUUUCAGGACUAAAACACUGCACGAUUGCUCAUGGAAGAAUGUGUGUGGCCAAGAGACUUUGCCUGUCACCAACCUUCAGUCUGAUAAUUACCCUAAGGCUGGUUCUGUGGAGCUCCUGGGAAGAGUUAUUGCAGUUUUCCCCUGAAUGGGCGAUUUGUUUUCCACUGAGGUAAGUGCUCCUGAGUAAAGGGACAGCUUCUUUGUGGGUGAUCUGCCUGCAAGCUCUAGCUCUUUCUGGAAGGUUUAGAUGACUUAGGUGCUACGGGUCUGUGUAAGUCUGGCUGUGGAUGAUCUGUUCAUUACGCCUCAUUUUCUCUUAUCUCGGUGACUUCUGCCUUAAAGGACAAAGGUUACGGGCAUUAGAUGGAAGGACAGGCUGAACCGAGCAGGAAUCCGUCCCACAGUGAAGGUGGUGGAACCAAGGUGAAGGCUGCCAGGCCCCCUUACUCCUUUACUCAUUAGACUUUUCUGCAGGCCCAAGUGAAACGUCAGGACAAGUAAAGGCGGACGGGGCUCCUGCUUUACCCAGUGUGCCUCCUGAGUGGACCAAGCAUAGCAGUUGUUGAUCGAAAGAAUGCAUGAAGGGAUGGAUAUGUGGUCUCAUGCUGUUGAGAUGGCUCAUCAGGUAAAGGCCCUUGCUUUUACCUAAAGCCUGAUGACUUAAAUGCAGUCCUGCACCCACAUGGUAGAAAGGGAGGGCCGGGUGCAGAGAUGGUUCAGUGGUUAAGAGUUCAUACUGCCAUUUGGGAAACCCAGGUUCGGUUCCUGUCAUCCAUCACAGCCACCUGUGAUUCCAGCUCUAGGAGGUAUCUGAAGCCUCUUGUCCAUCCCCACCGUCUACAUUAAAUUACAAAUAAAAUAAGUCUGCGCAGGA